UCGACUUCCAAGCACAGCGAGAACACCACAGAGCCAGGAAAAUAACUUGCCUGUGGGAAAUAAUUCCGCUCGCUGGAUAACCCAUGGGCGCUUCAGGACAGCCUGCCUCAGUACUUCCUUAGAGGCGAGCACGGAGCUCAGACCUGACCCUCCUUCUCUGGGGUAAUCCGAGCUCUCCUGCCCACCUGCCGGCGUGAAGUUCUGGAUCCGCUAGCAAGAUGACUUUGUGGAACGAUGUACUGCCUUUUUACCCCCAGCCGCGGCAUGCCGCCGGCUUCAGCGUCCCGCUGCUCAUAGUCAUUCUAGUAUUCUUGGCCUUGGCCGCCAGCUUCCUGCUCAUCUUGCCUGGGAUCCGUGGCCACUCGCGCUGGUUCUGGUUGGUGAGAGUUCUUCUCAGUCUGUUCAUAGGUGCAGAAAUUGUGGCUGUGCACUUCAGUGGAGAAUGGUUCGUUGGUAGAGUCUGGACCAACACAUCCUACAAAGCCUUCAGUGUGGCCCGUGUUCAAGCCCAUGUUGGUCUGCACGUGGGCCUCGUGGGCAUUAAUAUUACACUCACAGGGACCCCAGUGCAGCAGCUAAAUGAGACCAUUGACUACAAUGAGCAGUUCACCUGGCGUCUGGACGAAGACUACACCAAGGAGUACGUGGACGCGCUGGAGAAGGGGCUGCCAGACCCAGUGCUAUACCUGGCGGAGAAGUUUACACCGAGCAGCCCUUGCGGACUGUACCACCAGUACCACCUGGCAGGACACUAUGCUGCAGCUACGCUCUGGGUAGCGUUCUGCUUCUGGAUCCUCUCCAACGUGUUGCUCUCCAUGCCUGCCCCACUUUACGGAGGUCUGGCGCUUCUGACCACCGGCGCCUUCACGCUCUUCGCUAUCUUCGCCUUCGCUUCGGUCUCCAGCGUGCCACUCUGCCGGUUCCGCCUGGGCUCCUCUACGCUUAUGCCUCACUAUGGCGCCGCCUUUUGGGUCACGCUGGCAACCGGCAUCCUGUGCCUCCUCCUCGGAGGGGCGGUGGUGAUUCUCCACUACGCUGGGCCCAACGCUCUUCGCAUCUUUCUGGACCAAAGCGUCAGGGACUGCAGUGGACAGGAGAAAAGGCGCUCACCUCUCGUCCUCAACAAUCCACUGCACAAGCAGUUCGGGGCCCCAAACUUAAGUAUCACUACUAAUCUAUAAAAGGAACUCGACUCCAGACUCCUAACCC